AUGUCGGGUAGUGCGGGCUACGAUAGACAUAUCACAAUCUUUUCGGAUCAGGGGAGGUUGUAUCAAGUUGAGUAUGCUUUCAAAGCCAUCACAGCUGCGAAUAUCACAUCACUCGGUAUCCGGGGAAAGAACUGUGCUGUAGUUUUAUCACAGAAAAAAGUCCCGGAUAAGCUGAUUGACCCUUCGUCCGUGUCGCACGUCUUCAAAAUCUCGCCAAAUGUCGGAUGCGUUGUAACUGGCUCGAUAGCAGACGGUAGAGCUUCGAUCAAUCGGGCGCGAAGCGAGGCAGCGGAGUUCAAGUAUAAAUUUGGCUAUGAGAUGCCCUGCGACGUGCUAGCAAAACGCCUUGCCAACAUCAGUCAAGUCUACACUCAGAGAGCUUAUAUGAGACCCCUUGGCGUAGCGACAACUCUGAUCUCAGUUGACUCGGAGUUUGGACCUCAGCUAUAUAAAUGCGACCCAGCCGGGUACUAUGUCGGCUAUCGUGCGACAGCGUCUGGCCCUAAGCAACAAGAGAUUUUGAAUUACCUUGAGAAGAAACUAAAAAGCAAGGAUUAUGCUGAUGGCACAUGGGAAGAUGUUGUUGAAUUGGCGAUAACAACGCUUAGCAACGUUCUUAGCGUUGAUUUCAAGAAGACUGAAAUUGAGAUUGGAAUCGUAGGGGGUCCGAGUGCGGAUGGCAAAGAAGGAACUGAUCCAGCGUUCCGUACUCUGACUGAGGAGGAAAUUGAUGAUCGCCUCCAAGCAAUUAGCGAGAAGGAUUGA